AUGGCUGAGAGCGACAGCCGAAACACCUCUGGCCUCUUUGAAAUCAUGCGCUGCGCUCGACGAAGGCCUUCCACUGAGUUGAACAUGGAACUGCUGCAGGGGAAGCAGUUGCCCACAGUGCUGGGCAAUCGCCAAAUCCUGUCGCCUCAGACCGAAGGCGCCAGCGAUGAGAAGCCGAAGAACCCCAAGUGGGCCAAUAUCAUGGUGGACACCUGCAGUCCCAGUUCGACGUGUGAGCCCGAGCCUAGUCCUGUGCACACCACUGCCAGUGAGUCCAGUUCUACAGAUGAAUACCGAACUCAGUCACUGACCAAGGAGCUGCGCAGGCCCUGCUUCAAGAAGCCCAGUCCUGAGGCCAGAAUCCGCCAAUUGAAUGAGGAAUUGCAUGAGUACUGUACCCUGUCCUUUGAUGAGGUGGAUCCCUUUCAACAACAAGGUUUGACCUGCCGAAUGCUUGCCUUCUUAAAAAGUCUGAGUCGUGUUUUGAGUUGGCAAGACGGUGAUGAGCGAGGUGAGACACCAGCCUAUGAGAUGUUGGACCUCUCCGAGGUGGAUCUGCAAAUGUUCAAAGUUGUGGCUCAAAAGGCUGACGAACUGAUCGAAAGGCAUCGCUUUCGUCAGGCUUAUGAGCUGCUUUGCCGCAUGCGGCCCUGCCUGUCCCAUCAAGGUGAAGAGGUGACCAGAGAAGUCACCCACAGCAGCAGCAUUGAGGAGGUGCCAUCCACGCCCUCUGAGACGCCGGUGCAGCCCCCGCAGAUGGAGGUUGCUAGUCAGGUGUCGCCGGUGUCGCCAGCCCCGCAGAAGGCAAAGAACUGCAAUGGCAAUUCAGGAGCAAAGGCCAAGAACAACGGAGGGCGGCAUGAGAAGAGUGCUGCGGGCACCGGAGGUGGCAAGUACCUGUGUCGCGUCAAGGUUGGCAUUGAAGAGGAUGUCGCCUUUCAGGUGUGCCGCCGUAUCAUUGGGCCCGGCGGCGAGAACAUGAAACGUAUCAUCGAGACGGUGGGCAACGGAGCGGUGAAGAUCCGCUUGAGGGGUCGUGGAUCCAAGUAUUUGGAAGGGCCAGAGCACAAGGAAUCCAACGACGACUUGAUGCUUUGCGUCAGUGCCACCAACAGGCGUUCCUUUGAGAAGGCGAGCGGCCUCGUGGAGGCCUUGAUUGGAGCGGUGCAGCAGGACUAUGUUGCCUUCUGUCAGGCUCGGCGCUGGCCUGUGCCAACGCUCACAGUGAAGCGUGAGGCGCAGCGCUCGCGAUGA